ACGUCUAAUCGCACUUUAACCUAACAUCCGUUUCGUCGUUGUGUUGUAUGUACGGCAGUGAUUGUCAGCAGAAACGUCAACCUCACGCACACGGAAAUAACCCAGGUAGGAUAAUCGCACAAUGGAAGGAUUGCACAACGCAAUGCAAACAUUGCAAAUGACGGAGUACGAUCCACAUUCGGCGGCAGACGAUUCUCUGUACGUCGCCUCGAAAUGCUGGGAACGCGUCGUGGACGCUGCUCUCAAGACCGGCUACAGAGAAGGGGUGCAAGACGGAGCGGACUCUGUGCUGCAAGAGGGAUUCAAUAUCGGUUACAAAGACGGUUUCAAGAUCGCUUUCGCGCUGGGACGGUACAAGGGUCUGGCUGCCGCAUCGACGACCAUGUCGGAGCAUCCCGCGGACGUGGCCGUCGCUCUCGACAAAACCAGGCGCGGCGCGUGCUGGAUAUGCGACGUGGAGUCGCGAAACAAGACCUCCGAUCCAUUUGAGAACGCCUCGUUCUCCCAGGUCCUGAACGAGCAGAGAGUACGUUCUGCGGGAGUUGUAAACAGGCUACACGAGUACUUAGAACCGGUCCUGAAGAAAUCGGGCAUCGGAAUCAAUUCGACUCUUUAGACACAUUUAAGUAGUAUUUUGUAAUAUAAUUGGUUAAAUUAUUAACAGAAUGCAUUAAUAUUUCUGUUGAUAUAUCGCUAUAAAAAAUUGAUUUCCUAUAUAGAAAUGUUUAUUGAGACACCCGAAUAUAACUCCGCGACUCAAUCAUACAGAUAUUAUUGACGAUAAA